GAUACGUAUACAUGUACCUUACGAGGCUUAUAUGAGUACUACAUAAAUUUAGUAUUUUAAGAUACGAAUACUAAAAGAAAGAAUAAAUAUAGUUACGAAAACAUUUCUGUGAAUAUAAUCAACCAUAAUGACGAAAGAUGAAACUUUGGAAAAGAAAUCAGUGGAGAACAAUGAUAGUGACAAAAAAGCUAUAUCUGAAUCAGGUCCUGAUCCAUCAGCACCAAUAACUAGAAGAGGCGUAUUAACGUCAUUUUUAACUGGCAAACCAAUGGAAAUACCAGAACAAGACAUUCUAGGCAAAUGUAGAUUUGUAUCUGAGUUUGAAAAACUAAAUCGUAUCGGUGAAGGUACUUACGGUAUUGUUUACCGAGCAAGAGACACUAAAAAUGAUAAAGUGGUAGCAUUGAAAAAAGUACGAAUGGAACACGAGAAAGAUGGUCUUCCAGUCAGUGGCCUAAGAGAAAUAUCUGUUCUACUGUCAUGCCGUCAUGAGAAUAUUGUACAUUUAAGGGAAGUAGUAGUCGGCAGAAGUUUAGAGAGUAUAUUCCUUGCUAUGGAAUAUUGUGAACAGGACUUAGCAAGUUUAUUAGAUAAUAUGCAAACUCCAUUCUCAGAAAGUCAAGUCAAAUGUAUUGUUUUACAAGUGUUAAAGGGUUUACGUUAUUUACACCACAAUUUCAUUGUACAUAGAGAUUUGAAAGUAUCUAAUCUCCUAAUGACAGAUAAAGGUUGUGUAAAAAUUGCUGAUUUUGGAUUAGCUAGAUGGUUUGGCUUACCUUUGAAACCAAUGACACCUAGAGUAGUAACAUUGUGGUACAGAGCACCAGAAUUGUUAUUGCAAGCUAAAACACAGACAACUUCUGUUGAUAUGUGGGCUGCAGGUUGCAUUUUAGGAGAACUGCUUGGGCAUCGACCAUUAUUACCCGGGCGGUCAGAAAUUCAGCAGUUAGAAUUAAUUGUUGAUUUAUUAGGUACACCUAGCGAAGCAAUUUGGCCCGAGUUUAAUACACUUCCCGCUUUACAAAACUUUACGUUAAAACAGCAGCCAUAUAAUAAUUUAAAACAAAGAUUUCCAUGGUUAAGCGCUGCUGGUUUAAGAUUAUUAAAUUUCUUAUUUAUGUACGAUCCAAAGAAAAGAGCUACUGCAGACGAAUGUUUACAAAGCACCUAUUUCAAAGAGGCACCUUUGCCAUGUGAUCCCAAGCUUAUGCCCACCUUUCCUCAACAUAGAAACAUGAAGAAGGCUGCCCCUCCAAAGGAAACUAGGGAACCAGAAACAACUGUCACAGACCAAACUAAUAAUUUACCUGCAAUUUCAGAUCUUCUUGGUUCUCUAGUCAAGAAAAGACGAGUUGAAUGAAUUAAGAUUGUAUCUAUAAUUUUUCAAAUGUAAUCUAAGCUUCGUUUCUGAUUUAUAUAUAUUUCAUUGGAAUCUGUACACUUCAUUCACGACUUCUGAAUUCAUU